GUUGUGUUCCUCCUUGCUGACAUUGAGGUGCGUGCAUGCAUUUUCUCCGAGCUGUCUUGGUUGGAUCCUAAACAGUGAGCUGGUCUUAACAUACAGGCACCAUGAGGCUGACUGCCUUGAUGUGCAUGGCAGCCAAAGCGGCCUAUCCCAAAAACUACCGCUAUGGUUCAAUGAGACCCUGGACUUUCGUGGCACUGAAAAGGAAUCCGCCGGGCAAGCAGAGAAGAAAGAUCUUUGUGGACAAGAUCCCAAAUGAGGAAUGGUCCGUUUUCAAAGGCGACACGGUGGAGAUUUUGGCUGGAAAGGACAAAGGAAAGCAGGGCAAAGUGACCCAAGUAUUCAGACAUCGCAACUGGGUCAUUCUGGAGGGCCUUAAUACGCAUUUCCGCUACAUUGGGAAGAGUGGGGAAUACAGAGGCACCUACGUCGCCAGUGAAUCUCCAUUACUGCUGAGCCAGAUCUCUAUCAUAGACCCCACUGACAGGAAACCCACGGAGGUGGAGUGGAGGUUCACAGAGGAGGGGGAGAAGGUCAGGGUGUCCCUCAGGACGGGCCGCAUCAUCCCCAAGCCCCCCGUGCAGCGCAGCGAUGGCAUCGUCCCCGAGCAGUGGAAGGAUGGACCUAAGGACACAUCGACGGAGGAUGCGUUACGGAAGACGUACACUCCAUCUCUGAAGACCCUUCAAGAGGAGGUGAUGGAGGCCAUGGGUAUCAAAGAGGAGAGGAAACAGCGGCCCACAUACUGGUACUGAGCAAGCAUGCGGGCUCAGAGACUGGACUGACUGCAAUGUGCAUCCUGAGUUCCAUUUGUCAGGAACCAUCAGUGGGACUAUUAUGUAUUUAUACACAUGUUGUGUUUUUUAAAAUACUAUACUGUUUAAAUGUAAUUGUGUAAAUGUCUUGUCUUUACGUGGGUUUCAAGAUGACUAUGAAUGGUGAAUUAUUGUCAAAAUAAAGACCAGUUCUUUCAUUUCAUAUAUUUUCAACCGGCAUCCACAUGAAAUACAUGGUUGGACAUUCUUUUUUUU